GGUAUCUGCAUGAUCAGUAGCUUGUUCAUUUUCAGUUAUACGGUUUCGGAUGGAGUUCACGAAGUACACUCACUGUUGACAGUUAUCGCAUCAGAACCAUUUGUACGCAUCGAGAACAGCAGCAUCACAGUUCCGCUGGACCACACCGCAAUGUUGAUACCAGUGAAAGCGCACAAUCUCUCAGCUAUUACCAAUGUUGACGUGAAUGAUUCCGACAUUUGGUUUACCGUAUCCACUCAAAACUGGAUUAUUGUUGCCAAUUCCACGGAGAAAGUGGUCAGGAGAUUCACUCAGCAGGACAUUAAUGAAGGUCGAUUGUUUUACCGCAUUUUGAAAAGGCCGUUCGAUGAGGAUAGUGAGAUUGAUGACGAUGGGCAGCAGCUUAUUCGUGUGACGGUCGCCAAUUUAACAGCAUCAAAAAUAUUCGAAAAACGGCAAAGUCAGCUGAGAGCGAGUGAACAGCAUGUGGAAAUGCAAAUCCUAACAGCGCUGACUGUUCCUCUCUCAUCUAUUUCACAGAUUGACAAAACUGUCCUGCAGGCGAGCGCCAGGGACUAC